CCUCAAUUUCACUGCGAUGUUCUCUAAUUUUAAGCACAAAAAUAUUCUUAAAAAGUUGCUAGUUGCAAAGAAAUUUUAAGAUGGCAUUCGUCAGUGACUCCGGUGUUGCAUCGGGAUGUUCCAGCAGAAGAAUCGUCAGAGUCUGGGUCGAUGGAUGUUUUGACAUGGUACACUUUGGUCAUGCAAAUGCAUUAAGACAGGCAAAACAAAUGGGAGAUGUGUUGGUUGUUGGCAUCCAUUCAGAUGAGGAGAUAACAAAACACAAGGGUCCUCCAGUUUUCACAGAGGAGGAGAGGUACAAGAUGGUAAGGUCUAUCAAAUGGGUAGAUGAGGUCGUAGAGUCGGCACCGUAUGUGACAACCAUUGAGACUCUGGACAAGUACAAUUGUGAUUUCUGUGUCCACGGAGAUGAUAUAACAACCACUGUCGAUGGAAUGGACACCUACCAAAUGGUCAAAGAUAUGGGCAGAUACAAAGAAUGUCAGAGAACGCAAGGCAUAUCUACAACGGAUCUGGUUGGAAGGAUGUUGCUGGUGACGAAGACCCACCACCAACGUGACGAGAGCAGGGUUCCAGACAAGAUGUCCAUACAAAUUAUUGGACAGGACAGACAGGCACGGAGUCCGUACACUGGCACGUGUCAGUUCCUGCCGACCACCAAAAGAAUUGCACAGUUCUCAUCAGGCAUCGAACCGAAACCUGGCGACAAGGUGGUGUACGUCAGUGGGGCGUUCGAUCUCUUUCACCUCGGUCACUUGAGUUUCCUUGAGAAGGCAAGAUCCUGCGGUGACUACCUCAUUGUUGGCAUCCAUUCCGAUCCUGUUGUGAACAGAUACAAGGGCAGUAACAAUCCCAUUAUGAAUCUGCACGAAAGAGUACUCAGUGUUCUCACAAAUAGGUACGUGUCGGAGGUUGUAAUAGGGGCUCCAUAUUCAGUGACCGAGGACCUCAUGGACCACUUCAGUGUGGACAUCGUCUGUCACGGAAGAACUGCCAUCUGCGCUGACGACGACGGUGUCGAUCCUUAUGCUGUUCCCAGGAAGCGAGGCAAGUUCGUGCUGAUAGAUUCCGAAUGCGAUGUGACCACAGAGUCCCUCAUCGAACGAAUCAUCGCCCACAGAGUUGAAUUUGAAGCUCGAAACAGAAAGAAGGAAGAAAAAGAAAGAAAGCUGUUCAUGGCCCAAAUUGAACCGCGACAGCAAUUUGAAGAGCCACAACAACAAUCAUUGAACACCAUGACUGGUAUUUGCUAG